AGUCAAUCCAGCGGCUACUAACACCCACACCAGCCGGUCUGGGCGCUGCAGCUCCGCUUGUUUUCGGUAUGUGGUUUGCGAAAGCCCGAGUGUGGGACAGGGCAGGCAAAGAGCAGAGGUUGCCAAAGAGUGAUCCCUGGGAAGGGGGGCCAACCGCCAAAGAAGGAAUAAAUACGGCGGGACAGCCCGGGCUCUUUUCAGGACUUUGCUCGUGAUAAAACACAGCUCGGGGCGCCCGACUUGCAAAGGAGACACCGAUGAGGAGUGUUUUCAGGCGACGGGCAAUAUCUCCCUGUAUCAUCCAACCCCACCUAUCCAGACGGUCGUCGCUGUUGGCAUCGCGCAUCCUGCACCCUGUGCCAAAGCCGCUGGCCGCUCAGUCCAUUCCCACGGUUGCGCGCACCAUCACAUCCAGUAUGGCCGCACAGUCCGAGAUGCCCGAGGUUUCAGCCUCAGCCCCGAAACAGGAAAGCUCGGUCGACAUGCCGGCCGCGGGAGCCAGCACCGCCGAAGAGGCAGAAGCCAAGCCGGCUGCGGACAACGGCGCCGACGACGCCGGCGCGGUGGCCGAGCCGGCGCUUCCCCCGCUGACCCCUGCCGAGUUCAGAGAGUUCAAUCGGCUCGCCGACGAGAUGACAUAUUACCACGACCACUUCAAACAAAGCUGGAAUGUCCUGUACGACGCCGCCAGCUCCGGCCGGCGGCCCAAGAACCUGACUCUGAAGCAGUUCCUCGACACCGGCAUGGGCUUUGUCCGUAGCCUAACGAUGCACCACAACAUCGAGGAGAUCUAUCUGUAUCCCAUUCUCGCGCCGAAAAUGGCCGAGUUCCGCCACGCCCAGGGCGGCGGCGGCGGCAAGAAGCUGUCACAGAAGCAGUCCGAGCUGAUCCAGCAGCACCGCGACAUCCACGAGGGUAUGGAUCAGCUAGAGGAGUACAUCAACAAGUGUCGCUCGCGCGAGGCGGACCUGGAGAUGAGCGUGCUCCUGCAGAAACUGGAUUCGUGGGGCACCGUCCUGUGGAAGCACAUGGACCAGGAGGUCGAGACACUCGGGGCGGCAAACAUGAGAAAGUAUUACACGCUUGGCGAAAUGAGGCGGAUCCGAAUGUAGUCGUUAGGCGUAUUGCCUUUUUUUUUUGUUUACGUCCCAAUAUAGAUAGAUACCAGCCACGAGAGUGGGCGUGAUCAGGCGGUCUACAACAAGAAAGUUUGUCGUUGUUGUCUGAAAGCUAGCCGAUCUCGGCAUGAUCUGAUAGUCCGAAAUCUGACAUCGGCAUCUGGCAGCAGUAAGCUGCUUGUUGCCGGUUUCUUUAUGCUCUCCUUUUCACUUGAACCCGUUUCUUGGC